UUCAGUGAUAUUUCGGUGGUUCUCGUGUUAAGAACCAAAAGUUUUUAAAGUUUAAAUUACUUUGUCGAUUCAAACAACAAACAAAAAUUAAAAUGAACUAUUUUAAAGUCAUAAUUAUUUUAUAUUCAAUUAAAAUUUCAUCCGGGAUUUUACCACCAACAAUUCCAGUAUGUAGACGGAAUAAUCCAAAUAUGAGUCAAUGUAUUGCAAGUGCAAUUGAAGUAUUAAAGCCACGAUUAGCAUCAGGAGAUGUAGGAGGUGGAUAUACAGUGCCUAAGAUAGACCCGUUGUUUGUUAAUGAAAUUAAUUUUGGUGAAAAUGAUGGAGUUGCAGUUCGUCUAUCCGGUGUAAACAUGCAUGGGAUCUCUGGAUUUAAACUUGAUAAAUUACGUGCUAACAUAAAUGAUCUCAAAUUUGAUAUCCUCAUCACCAUCCCAAAACUUACAACAACUGCCAAGUACGAGAUGGGAUUUAAAUUCCUUGGAAAUAAGUUAAACACAAACGGAGAUUUUUUCAUUACACAUGAAAAUAUGAAAAUUUUAAUUCCAAUCAGAUUGAGGCGUGUCAUUAAAAAUGGAAUUGAAGUCAUCAGAGUUGACCCAAUUGCUGUAAACAUCUUGAAUUUUAAAGUUACUAAAAUCAACUUUUCAAAUUUAUUUGGCGGAAACAAAGCUAUUGAGGAUAUUAUUUAUACAAUUUUGAUAAACAAUUCUGACUUUUCAUCUAAAAAUGUUCGUCCAGCGUUUGAAGGAAAUUUAUCGAAAAUAUUUACUGAUGUUGCUAAUCGAAUUCUUGAUACAACAACAUUUGAUGAGAUGUUUCCAAUAUAAUUGAUUAUUGAAAGGACUUGAAUAUUAUUUGGAACCUAUGACGUCCUAGAUAUAUCUUAACCAUCAUAACAGACGCUUAGCCAGGAGGGUAUUGUUCCCCUUUAAACGUUUUGAAACGCAGCGAGAGAAAGGCUUAAAUCGCUGAAGAGGGGAACAAUACUCUCCUGGCUACUCGUCUGCAUCAUAACAUCCCAAAGGCUCAGUUUAACAUUUAAAACAAGUUAGAAUAAAAUUUUAUAGAAG